AUGGCCAAGCUGGACCUCACGCGAGACUACUACGCCGACCUCGAGCUGCCUGUUGGUGCCGACAUCAAUGAGGUCAAGAAGCAGUACAGGAAGCUGGCCCUCAAAUGGCAUCCUGAUCGCAAUCCGGGCAAGGAAGACGAGGCCAAGGAAAAGUUCCUGAUCAUCUCGACUGCCCAUGAGAUCCUGACCGACCCCGCGCAGAAGGCCAAGGUUGAUGCCGCCCUGCGCCAGCGCAAAGCUCGUUACCCGACCGCGUCCGGCGUUCGCGGCAACCCUUGGGCGAACAUGGCCCACGAGGUCAACGCCAAGUACGGGCCGCCGCCGCAGCGUCCUCCUAUGCCGACUCGUCCGGCCGCUUCUGCAAGUGCUUCAGCAUCGAACCGCUACUGGGACUGGGGUCAGAAAGUUAAGACUAAGAUGGACCAGGCCCGCGCGAGUUCUGAUGCCUGGGAGCGGUCGCGUCCUCAGCCAAAGCCGGCGUCCCAGCCUGGCCCUUCUGCUGCGUCAGCGUACCGCCAGAGCACUGCUCGUCCGACGAAUCCUCCGCCCCCUCCGAGGUCUGCGGCGCAGGCUAGAAGACAGGAAGCUUCGUUUGGCACUAGGAAGCAAGGGUUUGCUCCACAAGCGCCGGGAGGCGAUGAGCCCCCCGUUAAGAAUCAUCAUUACACGACAACUCCCAAGGAGAGCAUGCCCAUACCUCCUGAUGAGGACGAGACAGAGCCGAAGAAGCGCGACAACACCGAGCCGCUGAGCAGCCAGUUUCGCGAGACCUUCUUGGACCCUCGCCAACGCACGCCCUACGCCGCUAACGUGGGCGAGAGGACGAACCCAUUUGAGCCGCUCAACAGUGUCAACCGCGCCAAGAGCAUGCGGGAUCCCGGCUCCCGGCAGUUCCGGGGCGGCGGCGAUGAUCCGGCCCGGUCGCCUACGGCUGGCCGUCAGCGCAGCCAUAGCGUGGGCAAUGAUGGUCCGUUUACGAGGGGGGCUGGCCAGGAGACCUCGGGCAAUGGCGCGCGCCCUUCGACGUUCCAGAAUAAUACGACCAAUGCUCCGCCGACUGGGUCCGCUUUCGCGACAGGGCCCUCAUUCCAGUUUGGAACCCGUGCUGCUGCUAAUAAUGCGAACGGAGAGACCAGAAGCAGCGAGACCAGCAAUAUGUAUGGCCCUCCCCGCUCCUUUUCUCCUUACAGAAGAGCCUAUGAGCAAAGCGCCCCAGAUCGGCCAUACCCUGAGGUGUACCGGAUGCAUCACUCAACUGAGCACCGGGAUCGCAUGCGGGGUGGCCCGUGGGCAGAGGAGAUCUACUCUACUCCUAGUGGAGCAUCUCGGGCUUUCUGGCAGCCCAGCAGCGCUGGUGCUGUCCCCCAUGGAUAUGUCCCGAGAGACUCUGCCCAAUGGCAGCAACCGGCCUGCUCACCGACUCCCAGUGGGAUGAGGAGGCCAACCUUAAACGCAGGGCCCAAUUCGUUCGAAAGGAUGCUGCAUGCUCAGUUGCAGCAAGUCCUCGCUAAGGCCUAUGCAAAACGCCAACCAGAGCAGCCCUCGCCCAGCAAUCCAGAGCCGAGCGGCUAUGUCUUAGGCCCCAAGAAGACGCCCGCCUACCGCGUCUCCAAAAGCACCGCGGCUAACUCCAGUCACCCUGGCAGCUUCUCGUCGGUCCCGCUCGGCGCUGCGACGCCAGAAACGGCUCGAUUCACGCGAAACAGCACGGAUAACAUUAACACGCAGUUCGUGGCCGAGGAAAAGCCUGGCUUCCACUUCAGCGCCGGCACCCCCAGCCCGACGAAUUCCCCCUCCGACGAUCACUUUACUCGUGCCAAACAGCGUGCUCGCGGGCACCAGUCGCCGCUGCGUAACACGUUUACCGCGUCGGACGAGUCGAUUGCAGGUAAUGCUGCUGCGAAUGCAGGUGCUACUAACAAUCAGCAGCAGGCUGGUAGUCCCAAGAAGAUAGGCGAUUUCAAGCCCGACGAGUGGAAGGAGCUUUUUACGCCGCAUAUUUUUGAGCCGCCACAGCCUAGCAAGCUGUCUAGCUCGCCUACAAGGCCGAUUCGCCCGAUCAAGAAGCGGACCACUGCUCGUGCGGGGGCGUCGGGCAUGGCUGCGCGUGUUGAGUCGGACAGUGAGAGCAGCAGCAGCAGCAGCAGCAACAGCAGCAACAGCGAUGAGACCCCGCGUCCGACGACGGCUAAGACGAGCGGUGGUAUCGAUGGGACUAGGAGCCCGAAUGCCAUGGAUAUCGAUUCCCCUGCGGCUGCGUCCCCUUCGCCGUCGCCUGCCGCGGCGCCGGGUGCUGCUCCCCCUCAGCAGGCCAACAAUGCGCGCAAUGUCAAUGUCGAGCCUACCAAACCUGAGUGGCGGCCCGGCAACGUCAACAACAUCCCCCUCGGCACGAAUGGCACCGCCCCGACCAACGACACUACUACAGCCGAACCCAAGCUCGGCGCAAACAUCAAAAUCCCCCACGCCAACCACGCCGGCUCCGAGGAUACAGACCCUCUCCUGCGCCCUCUCUUCCCCGAUUUUCGCAAUACCGAGCCCUUCGCGCCGCCGAAGCCUGCCGGUCUGGAUUCGUUCGCAGACCUGGGGUCUAACCUGCCUUUCCCCAGCCGUCCGGCAGCCAAAGUGCCGAUCAGCAAAGACAGCCCUAAAAAGACAGUCCAGCUAAAAAUGCCCUCCCCUCCCGCUGCUCCCAAACCCCCCGCGCAGAUCCUCGAAAUCCUCGCGUCAGGCGCCAAGCCUGCUAACGGCGCGUCAACCCUCAACUCCGCGUGGAUCUCGUACACGGCGGAGAUGAAGCGUUACUUUGAGGAGUGGAGUGCCUGGAAUCGGAGGGUUACGGAUCAUUUUGCUGUCAGGCAGAGAAAGCAUGAGGACAAGGGGUGGGCAUGGGUUGCUGCGAUCGGGGUUGAUGCACCGGGGGUAGCGGAGUAUCUUAGAGCGAUGGAGGAGGAUAGAGUGGUGAGGGAGGGAUGGGAGAGCGCGUGGAGGGUGCAUGAACGGGUUGUGGGGGAGUGGGUUGCUCUGCGCGCCAAGGUGUUGGGAUGA